AUGGCUCAGGAAGCUUCAGAUGCCAGAGGUCCAUCUACGACUGUUGCCAAGGAUCCAGAGCUGGACCUUCUUUAUCAUGAGGAUUCAAUUCAGGAGUCCUCAAAAGAAUCACCUGUACAGACGAAGGCUGUACAGUUCAUGUCUCGCGACUCCGACGAGGAAGACGAAUGGGCUGAACUAGCCAUGACCGUCAAGCUGUGCCUUGCGACCGCUGCUCCCUCGGAGAAACUACUGGAAGAGCACGUGAAGCUGGCUCGCACCCAGAUCCUACCAGAGAUGGUGGCGGGAGACCUUCCUACCCCUGUGGCAGCCGCGCCUACGAACCUGCCACUCGCAACGACUGCUGAAUUGGUUGCUGCUGCGGCCAUGAAAGCUGCCGACGCCUUACCUGGCUUUUUAGCAAUGCCUGUAGCUGCUGGUGUGGCGAACGACACAUGCCAGAAUGGCGAGAAGGGUCUUGGCAAAGCUGGAAGCAACAAGGUUCCUCGGGUAGUGACUGACAGCCUGGCAGAGAUGUCUCAGCUGCAGCUGCUGGCAAGCAAGGAGGUACUCAAGUGCUGCCAUUACCACAAUCUGGCACACCAGAAGAAUACCAAUGUCCCUUCAGCUGCUGCUGGUGCCACUGGUGCUGCUGGUGUGGUAGGGUUUGCUGUUGAUGACUGGAAGCCUCCCGCAGUGGCUACCAAGCGUCGACCUGCUUGCAGGGAGGGCUGUCUGUCCCUCUGCAUGCGCCUUCAGGAGGGGGAGGAGGGGGAGGUGUAUUGA